AUGGAUCAGUACACUUACGAUGAUUUUUUGCGCCACCAUGCGCCUGUCCUUAUCUCCAUGCAGGUUCCUGAGCUCUAUUGGCCUUCAGUACAUAACAAAUUGCUGAACAAGAUCUUCGACGCCCCAACGAAGUUUGAUCUCGGCAUGCUUAAUUAUACAAGUGAGACCACACACGAAGUGGUCGAAAGGGAAUUAUUUGUCUCUGUCAAGGUAGACGAGGUUCGGUUCUCCAACCCGGAGAGCGUCUUCCUGGUUGAUCACGCGUGGACGUUUGAGCUACCAGAUGUGCGGAACACUUUGAAGUCUAACGCCACUUUGCUAUUGAGAAUGAAGACUAUGAUGUGCAUCGAAGAGGAGACUGAGGAUGAAGCAAUUGAAGCAGUCAUGCAAAAAAUGUGGAAGUGCGUAUCUGGUAUUAUUUUAUUCCUUCGGUCGCCUACCUUUAAGUUCUAG